AUGCCUUUUGAAGGAGAUGCAUUUCUUUCAGGUUUUCUUGAUUACACAUGGUUUUACCCGAUUGCAGCUAUCAGUUGGAUGAUCCUUGGUACUUGUUUAAUGAUUGGAACUUCGUUUUCUGUUCUACCGCAGAUUCAUCUUCUUAUAAAGAACAGAUCCAGCUAUGGCUUGAACCCAUUUACAAUAUUUACUGUCCAUAUGAACCAAUUGAUUAUUAUUAUAAACAUUGUUGCUCUUAAUGUUCCAGAUUUUGUAGGACUUCCUCAAGUAGUACCUUGGUAUUUACCUUUUUCUAGACUUCUCACUAUUGGAAAUGCAUUAAUGCUUUGGAUAUUUUAUAUGCCAAUCAUAUUUUUCACUUAUAUCUACUUCGACAAAAAUGUUUACAAAAAUAGAGAUGUUAGCAAAGUUAUUCGUGACGGUUACACCACAAAGAUCUUUGCUGUUCUCAAUCCAUUUACAUCUUUGAUUUUAUUCCUCUUAAUAGAAAUUUUCAUUGUCUAUAAAGGAAUUCAUAACGAUCUUCUUACAUAUUACGGUAAGAUGAUGGGAACUGCAUCUACAAUAAUCGUCGUUAUUCAAUAUUUCCCUCAAAUGUACACAACAUUUAAAUUGAAGACAAACGGAUCACUUUCGAUACUAAUGUUGUGCAUUCAGGCUCCAGGAGGUCUAGUGAACUCAUUAUUCCUAUGGCUUGGCCAACAUGACGACUGGUCAACUUGGAUUUCAUACAUGGGAGCCGCAGUCGAGCAAUUUAUAUUGCUUGGAAUGUGCAUUUACUACAAAUGCGUCAACAAAAAGAAAGUUGAAGAGCAGCCUUUGAUGAAUAAUGAUCAAUCUUAUGAUCAAUCAUAUACAUGA